GGCUGCGAGUCUCCAGGUGUCCCGCGCUCUCGUCCGCUGCUCGAGUUCGCUGUUCGCCUCUCUGCCCCGGUGCGCUCGCCUCCGACUCGAAAUGCCAGUCUGGGGAGGGGGAAACAAGUGCGGGGCCUGCGCCAGAACCGUGUACCACGCCGAGGAGGUGCAAUGUGAUGGCAGGAGCUUCCACCGCUGCUGCUUUCUGUGCAUGGUUUGCAGGAAAAAUUUAGACAGCACAACAGUGGCAAUUCAUGAUGAAGAGAUCUACUGCAAAUCCUGCUAUGGGAAGAAGUAUGGGCCAAAAGGCUAUGGAUACGGCCAGGGCGCUGGCACUCUCAACAUGGACCGUGGCGAGCGGCUGGGCAUCAAGCCUGAGAGCGUUCAACCUCACAGGCCUACGACAAGUCCAAACACUUCCAAAUUUGCUCAGAAAUUUGGAGGUGCUGAGAAGUGUUCCAGAUGUGGGGAUUCUGUAUAUGCUGCUGAGAAGAUCAUUGGAGCUGGAAAGCCCUGGCACAAAAACUGUUUCCGAUGUGCCAAGUGUGGGAAGAGUCUGGAAUCAACAACUCUGACAGAGAAAGAGGGUGAAAUCUAUUGUAAAGGAUGUUAUGCAAAGAACUUUGGGCCCAAGGGAUUUGGCUAUGGCCAGGGAGCAGGAGCCCUUGUCCAUGCUCAGUAAAGGUGCAACUCGAAACUCACAUCACACUGAGAAUCUUUUCAUGACAUAGACACAGUCUUAACACUAAACUACUGUGAAACUCUGCAAGCAUUAAGUACUGUACGUGACCCUGUACUUGGUUCUGCUGGAUAAUUUGUAUGAGAGCAUUAUAUCUUUUCUCUUUAUUCAAAAGAAUUUUCAAGAACCAUUUCUUUUACAUUUUAAAUAAAAUUUUGGUUUGUUUUUUUAAUGUUUUAAUUAACCUUUUGGGAUAACUGCUAUGAUUUCAGUUAGUGAGAAAUCACUGCGCUCUCCUUACCCUCAUUUGCAUUGUUAAAGACAAUCAACCCUUCUGCCCAAUUAUGCUCUGGGCUGAUGUUCACAUACAGGUGCCCACAAGAAUAUCUCUUUUAAACUGGUGCCACGGGCGCCAGGCAUCACCUUUCCGCACUUCAGAGCUGGCAUUCCGCUGUAAUCAUCCCUGUCCUUCCAGCCUGCUGGUUAACUCUUCUCAGUUGGAACAGUUUCUGAAGUGUGCAUUAGACAUCUGAGAUUACUCCAAAACAGAUUUACAAGCUCCUCUUCAAACCUCUAGAGCCAGGUUGGGCCAUUAAAAGCCCUUUCAAUAUAUCCCUCAGAAAAACCAACUACCUCAGAAAACAGAUUCUUUGGAUUUAUCUUUUCUUACAGAUCACCACAGACAACUAGAAUCUGAGGUUUAUCACGAUGCUUUUUAGAAACUCCUGUCUAAUCAGAUGUUGACUCAAAUCCUGGAAGCUGAAGCGCUUUUUUUCAUAUUACAACUCUAAGUGGCAAAGAAUAUUGUGUUGUAUGGGUCCAUUCAGCUGCCUCAGGCAGAAAAGGGGCAUCAUUACAUGAACAAGGACUAUUUUCAUUACACACUCCACCCCUCCCACACCCUGCAAGUGGUCUGUACUGUAUGUUAACAGGAAUUAAACCAGCCUGACCAUGGAUGUGG